AUGAGCGACCGCGACCAGAAGUCGGCCCUGCACAGAGUCAUGGAAGACGAGCUCAACACAGUGCUCAAGCGCAAGAAGAUCGAGGAGAAGACGACGCCGCACAAGCACGGGGGCCCCGACGCGGGUUCCCCCCUGCAGGACGUCGGUGCGGCCGCGGCCGACGACGCGGACAUGGCCUCCCAGGACUCAGACGACCAGCCGCUAGUGGGCGCGGCCGGCAAGAAACCAUCGGCAGCGACGCCGAUGGAGCUCGACAAGGGGCAGAAGCGCUCGGAGGCAUCCGAGCCAGUUGAUUCGAAGAUCGGCGCCAUGAAGAGGCCUGCUGCGGCGAAGGCCGUGGGCGACCCCGUCAUGGGGAGGCCUGCUGCGGCGAAGCCUCAAGAGGCCGAGAACCCCCCGGAGGUCGAGUCAGCGAAGGGCGAAGCGGCGAAUACCCCCUCGAAGAAGCCGGCUUCUGGGGCGCUGGUCCAGACGUCGAAACCCAAAGCGGCCACCUCUGCCGCGCGGGGCGGGGGCAAGGCAGCAGCCCUGAAGCGGCCUGCAGCGACGCCAUCACCAGCCCCAAAGCGCAGCCGCUCCAGCGAGGGGCUCGGCGCUAGCAGCUCGGACGACGUCGACGUCGCCGACCUGGGCUUGAAGCGUCCAGAGCUUCAGUGGCCAGGGGGGAAGAAGUGGAGGGCCCGGGCCAUCGAGUGGGAGAACCCUUCGGACUUCGGGUACGGCUUCGGCCAGAAGGGCCCCGCGCUGGCGAAGAAAGCUUGGGGCAGGCUCGUGAGCAAGGUAUGCUCGGCGCCCUAG